AUGACCGAGUACGACUUCUCCCCCGAGGCCUACGAAAAGUACCUGGCCACACAGACCCGCGUCUCCAACUGGGUCUCGGACCAGGUAUCGCGCGGACCACGCUACGCAGACCCGCGUGUGCCGCCCAGCAACCCACCCUCCGUUGUACCCUCCACGCGCUCGCGGCCUGCCCGCUCCAAGACCCAGCCGCAGCUGCAGCCCCUGCACAUCCCCGAGUCCCGCUCUCCCCCGCGCACGUCGCCCCCAAAGUCUUCGUCCGGCAGCCGGCGCUCACACACCUCGCCGCCGCCGCCGCUACCACAACCGCAGAAGGCUCGAUACGUAUCUCCGAGCCGCGAUAUCCGACCGCGCCCGGCACCAGCCCGCUCACGCACGCUCCCGAUGGCGCACGCCCAACAUCCCGCGCACGAGGCGUCCGCCUCACGCCCGCACCACGCCGCGCCUCCUCCACCGCAGCCCAUCCCGUACCCGCCACCCAUCACAUUCCCACCGGCACCCAUGCUGAAUCUCCCACCAGCACCGCCUGGCCACAGCGCCGUCUACCGCGCCUACCCGUACGACGGCUCCGGCCGCCAGAUCGUCCUGCCCCCACCACGCCCAGGGCAGACAUACGUGAUCGUGCCGCCGCACCGGGGCGCCGUCCAAGUCGUCGUGACACGGCGACGGUGCCCGCUCACGCACGGCCUCCCACUCUCGCGGUGGGAGCAGCACGCGCAGCCCGACCAGCAGCAGCAAGAAGGGCGCGCCGUUCCUCCGGCGCCUCCUCGGCUCGAUCAGCCCGACCGGGGGCGGGUACAGCUCCGGGCGCGGCGCCCCCGCGCGGGAGGCCCCGCCGCGGCGCCUCCGACGACACUCGACGAGCCAUUUCUAACUGCACAGAGCGGGCAGAGACCCCCUGCAGCGCCACGCGGGCCCGGGUCGGCACUCGGCCGUGGCUUCCCACUGAGACUGGGGAUCGUCGCUCGUCCCGGCCUCCGGAGCUUCUGCCCCACGCUCGAAGUCGCGCGCAUCGCCGACAUCGGUGCCAUCGCAGCUGCGCCGAUCGCUUCGAUCCGCGCCCUCAAAAACAUCGCCCCCUGCGUACGGAUUGCCCUUCGUAAGCUCGGCGCUCAUAGCCCGCCAGAAGAGCUUUGGACGGUGUCGCCGAGCUCUCCUGCCGGAUACCAGUUAUGCCGCGGGGACUUCGAGUUAUGUAGUUCCAAUUGCCGCGAUCCAGAGGGGGAGGUGUCACCGCCGGGACAUGAAAUUGGCAUUGCCGUAGCAGAUCGAGGUGUCAGAGAAUCAUGCAUUACAGCGGUGGACAAGCUUGCAACCAACACUACGAAUACAGAUGCUUCAGCUUCUACCGAGGUCCGAGCUGCGGAUUCUUCUGGGGCGCGUUUGCGACUGGCCUGUCUCCACCUUUGUGCUGAGAUCCCUCAGACGACUCGCGAUGACACUAGUAGUGCAUGGCGUCGCAGCCGCGUGUCUGGCACGCUGCCACCAUAUGGCGCUCUCGCGGCUACGGGCUUACAGCAAGAACUCAUCUUCGAGCGGUUGGAGGCGCCAGAAUGCACGCGUUGUCGUCGGACAUGGCGGACACGCGCGAAGCACCUGCACAGCUCGUUCGCGCUCACUAUCCCGGGGUCCACUGUGACGAACGCGCAUUCGAAGGCCGUGCCCGUCGUAUGCACGCCCGCCUCGCUGGACCUGGCUCCUCGCGCAACACCGCCCACCCCCUACACAGAGGGGCCAGCUGAAUACGAACGCAGAGUGCGGACGUCGGGACGUGCCAUGUGCACUGCAACGGACCCGGAAACAGCUGAAUAUGCCUACGGACCGGCAGAGAGACAGGCGCUGUACAGCAAGACGGCGAAGGUGGCUGGUGCCUCAGGACGAGCUGUAGGGGCACAUGUGUUCCAAAGCUAUGCACCCUCUGCGCAAAGCAGCGAGGUGACCUCGUUCCUCUACGCUCAACUAUCCCUGCUCGCGGAGCGAGCAGAGCUAUCCUCAGGAUUGUUAGCUUUGACAUUGUACCAGUCGGCCAGUAGCGCGGCCAGUAGCGCUUCCCUGCCGCACCGAGGGAGCUCUCCAGGUGGAACAUCAGAACACGCCGACCGACACUCUGGACUGGACCCGGAGACGUGGAAAAGCUAUCUCGAGCAGGCAUCAGAACGCCAGAAGCAAUACGUGGACCAGUUCAACUCCCAAAUGGAUAUGCUGCUCCUCUUCGCUGCGCUGUUCUCCGCCAUUGUCACUGCUUUCGUGGUCGUCUCGUAUGCCACCCUCCAGCCGGACCUUGGCCAAUCUACGCUUCAGGUGCUGCAAGAGAUCCUCGUGACGCUGCGGUCCAACGAAAGCAGUAGCCAAGAUACGCAGGUCCCCGUCUCUGAGCCGUUUACACCGGCGCAUUCGGCUAUUCGCGUCAAUAUGUACUGGUUCAUCGCACUGGUUCUGAGCCUCUGCACGGCGUUUCUGGCCAUAUUGGCAAAGCAGUGGCUCCUGAGUCUUUCGGGGAGCCUCUCUGCGGACAUGGAGACCAGGGGGCGACAACAACAGUUUCGCUGGGACGGCGUCAAGGACUGGCAGCUCUCAUAUAUCAUGGCGGUCCUCCCGCUCAUGCUGCAUAUCUCUCUUGCCCUGUUCUUCGUCGGUCUGGUCGAGUUCAUCUGGCCCGUGAACACCAUGAUUGCGAUUGCGGUCGCAUGUCUCAGUGGGGCGACCGUCCUCUUCUACGUCCUCACGCAUAUCCUCUCCAUCCUGUCGCCCACGUGUCCAUACAGGACAUCCACCACCGACCUCGUGUCGUGCACGUUCAACAUGCUUGCACAGGAGUUCCUAGUCAACUCCAUGACGGCCGUCAUCAUCGUCGGGCUGUGCAGCAUCUUGGCCUUGAUGAGCCCGUUUGUCGCUGCUGCUUUGGUUGUGUCGUGGGUCCGCCGACACACAGACAACGACCGCCCGGAGCAUGAGCGAGCGCUUAGGACGACCUUGCAGGAUCUACGCCGUCUGGUGCGCUUUAUAGGCGGGCCGUCGAGGUGGAGGCGUGCCACGCAGAGCAUCUGGACGUGGCAAGCGAGCCCUAUGCUCAGUCUGCGAUCCGCGGAGCGUGACUACAUUGGCGACAACUCUACGCUCAUCGACGCUCAUGCGCUUGCCCGCAUGAUCGGUGAGUUCCCUCGAUCCGAGGACAGCAGCGCCCUGGUGAAGCAACUCGUCGAUUUCGGCCCUCUGCGCGAGAGAAGGUCCGUCUUCACGCGGUGCGGCGCCGUCGCGCUCCUCGCUCAGCAGCUGCAUUCAGCGCUUGCUGAGACGACGACGGUCGAGCCGGCUCAGCACGCGGAGACUCUGCGCAUCUCCGAUGCGCUGGUGCAACUGCUCACGGAAGCCGAUGCCGACGACCGCUAUACCCUCCUUCCGGCAUUUGACGACGUUCCCGUACACCACGACCUGGUGCUCGCCAUUGGCACCGAAUACGACUAUGACGUCGGGGCUGCGUUGGGCAGCGUGUCGCAGAAACAGAGCAUUCCCCCGCUUGCUUUGACGACGCGAAUCGUCAGCACAUAUAGCUGUAUCGCGAGAAGUCAUACGAUUGAGGGUCGCGAUCCAAAUAUACCACAGCUUGACAUUGAACAUAUGACAGCAUCUCUUCUCGGUCUCGCGCACCACCUUUUUGAGCACGCCGGGGACAUCCCAUCGGUCGACCAGUCAACUAUGAUCCAUGUUACCAUCGGCGCAGUCUGUGCUAUCGGCAGCGUGCUGCAGACUUGUACGACGGAUGGAGCCCAGAGCUCGACUGCUAUGUUCCGGUCUGGACAGGCUGGCGAACCUCAUACAGAUAGUGGCGUGUAUCUCUUCGAAGUGCCCCGCCCCGUCGCCAUCGAAGGAGUCACAUCAGAGCACAUCGCCGAUGCUUGCGCUGCUCUCCUCCGCAGUGCGUCGUAUGCACCUGCUACCGACAAGACACCAAGACACCAAGACAUUCUCUUGUCUAUGAUCGCUGACUUACCAACGCGAUUCGAGAAGUCCGCCUCAGUCACCCAGCUUUUGGCAUACCUCCGCGAUCCAGCCCGCAGUGUGGCGACGUCCCUUCAGCGUAUCUUGCAAUGCACACGCGAGUACGACCAAGGCCCGAUUGUUGCUGCGUUGACGGCAGUGCGGAGUCCAGUUCCGGAAACGGCCGUACAAUCUUAA